AUGGAGCUGCACGAGAGCAAAAGGGUCGCCUCAGAAGCACUGCGGGCAGUUGCUGACUUCAACCGAGACACACGACCUUGUGAGACCUCGAUCGAGGUUGCGUCACAACUCUCCGCGUGGACAGCUACUCUCUCCACCAGCGCAGUCGAAGCCAUGUUUUGGAGAUCGGUCCCCAGCGUGCCAUGGGCCGGUCCGUCUCCGCGGGGGAGCAACAACGGCGGCGGCGGCGGUGCCGUCGGUGACGGCGGUCGAAACGCGAAGGGAGGGGGCAACGCUCGAAGGAAACAGCAAGCGCCGGAGCCGUACUCCCUGGGACACCUGAGAGUGCUAUUCCAGCGAUUAAUCGACGCGCAAGAGGGGAAGGUGGAGGGGGAGACCACCGUGGUAGAGACGCUUCGAGCCAUCUCGGAGGUGGUGGUGUAUGGGGAGAACCAGGACGCGAAACUGUCGGCGCGAGCAGCGGCCAAGGCUCAGGAGAAGCAGGAAGAGGAAGAGGAGGCCGCUGCCGCUGCUGCUGGUGCUGCCACCACGGCCACCGCCGCUGCCGCCGCUGUGCUUGAGGAAAAGCCGAUAGCGGCCGGCAACGCCCGCGGCGGCGGCAAGGCUGCCGUGGAGGGUAGCGGCACGAGACCGCCCCCCAAGGGGGCCGAAGGGAGCCCCGGGGAGUUCACUCCGGGGAAUUCUCCCCCACCCGUGCUGGAGGGGUUGACGACGGACGUCCGGCGAGAGGACGCGUUCUUCGAGCUCUUCUGCGAGAAGAACAUGAUGAGUAGGUUCCUGGAACUACUUCGCUCCCCUUCCUCGCGCUAUCUCCGGAGAGGAGGCAGCGGUAGCGGCGGCGGCGACAGGAGAGGCGGUGGCGACCCUUCUCAGUCCGCCGCGUCGUGGGGUAACAACGGCGGCCUCGAUGCUGUCAUCCGCGCAUUCACCUGGGGGGGAGACGCGCAAGGGAAAGGGCGGGCGGUUGGGGGGGGCAAGGGGGGAGGGGGGGGUCCCGUGGCUAGCAAAGGGCGAGAGGCGCGGAAAGGGGGAGGUGGGGAAGGGAGGUCUUCGGCCGAAGUGCAGGUGCAGGUGAUCCAGACCAUCAGCAUCCUCGUCAUGAACGUCAAGAGCGAUACGUCGCUCUUCUACCUCUUGUCGAACAACCACGUGAACGACAUGAUCAUGUUCGACUUCCGGCUUGAGGACGAGGAGGUUUUGAGCCACUUUGCCAGCUUCCUCAAGACCCUCUCCCUCCGCCUCAACCAGCACACGGUCCAGUUUUUCCUCCGGGGACCGCGGCGGAAAUCGCGAGCGCAACCCCAGCCCCCACCCGCAUCCGGAGUGGACGAUGACGAAACUGCCGAUUUGACCACGACGAGACCGGCCUCGUCGGCGGCGGUGGCGGCGGCGGUGACGAGUGAGACCCUUGCAGGUGGCGGACGAAAAGAGGUGGGGAGCGAGCUCGAGAACGGUGCUUGUUCUGCGGGAGGUGGAGCUGGGGGUUCGACACCGCAGACAGCGGAGCCUGGAGAUGGCGCAGGAGGAGGAGGAGCGGCGGGGGAAGAGAAGCGGCACAAUGAGGUGGAGGGGGGGGAAGAGGGGGGGCGGGGCGAAGAGGAGGAGGAAGGGUCGUCUUUCCCCCUCUACACUCGGGCGCUGGAGUACAUCUGCCACGGAGACUUCCACGUCCGGAUCGCCGCGCUGACGGUGGUCCUCAACAUCUACAACCAGCGGGACCCCCUGGUGCGCGCGUACCUCAACAGCCCGGCGGCUCGCUCGGCCUCCCUUCCCGACCGCCUCGUCGGGGCCUUGCGCUCGCAGUGCCUCGUCCUGGCGGACAGCGCCAUGGCCGCCGGGGUAGGCGGUGGCGGUAAGGGGGCCGGUGGAGGAGGAGGAGGAGGUGCAGAGGGAGCUCCCGGUGCUGCUGCUGCAGCUGCUGCUGCGGCUGUUGACCCGACGAUUUGUCGGGACUCGAUAGCCGGGCUCCAAGAUCAGGUGUUUUACCUCGAGGACGUGUUCGCGAGUGGGCAGCGGGAGCUGAACGCUGAGCUGUGCGAGUCUCUGCUCGGCCGGCUGGUGCGGCCGAUGCUCCUGGGCGACUGGCUCAGCGGACGGUCCGGAGCAAUGUUCCCACAGGUGGCAUUGUGCGCCUUGGCGCAACUCUUCAUAGUCGUGACGCACCCCCCGCUUGUGCGCCUUCUGGUGCUGGAGACCCUAGGGAGCGAGGCUACUCAAGAGUUGAGGCCCGUAGGAGCGGUGGCGGCGGCGGCGGCAACAACAGCAGCAACAGCGGCCCCGCCGUCGUCUACCGCAGAGGUGGACAACAUCGGCGCGGCCGCGGGGGGCGAGGAGAGGGCUGGAUCGGGGGUGGGGCGCGCCCCUCCCCUGCUGGCCUUGCUGCAGGGGGACAGGGAGGAGCUAUGCUUGGGGGCUCUAGUUGUUUUGCAGGCUCUCGCGCAGAACCAAGUUGUGAGAACCGACCUCGGCCUGACGCAAGACACCGCGUACAAUUCCGCCCAAUACCACGAGGGACUACCCGAUGCAGCGGCAGGAGGGACAGGAGCGGCCGAUGGCCAACCAAACGGUGGCUAUGCCGAAGAAGGAGGGCAACAAACAGCAGCACCAGCACCAGCACCAGCAGGGGCGGGGGGGGGAGAGGGGGAGGGAGGCGCAGCAGCCGCGGACCUGUCCGCGCGGCCCCUGGGUAUGGAAAUGCUGGACGCGGCCGUGGACGCUCUGUGCUGCAUGCUCGCACCCUCGACGGCUACCCAGGCCGUGCGGGGAGAGGGGGCAGGAGAAAGCGGUGAGGAGACGGCAGGGGUGGUUGCUGUGGGUACGGCGGCGGGCGCGAAGGAGGGGGCGCCGUCGUCGGCCCUAGAGAGCGGUGGGGAAGGAGGGGUCCACCCGAAGGGGGGGCGGGAAGAGGCGGCGGGGUCGGAGCGGGGCCACGAGAGUACUGUCCCCGUCCCGCCAACGCCUUUUCUUCCGAGGCCCCGACGGCACCACCUCGUGCUCCGCCUCUGUGGCAAGGUGCUGGCGAGCCUAGCGCCCCCCCUCCCCCCCGCUCCCCUUUCCAGCGGAGGCGCCGAUGGCGACCCAGCUACGGCCACCCCAUCGCCCCGAGGAGAAAUGCCUCCGCUUCCAGAACCGAGAACUCCUUCCGCGUCCGGGGACACCGAAGCCGCGGCGGGGACCGCAGCGGGGAUGCCUGUAAAUAGCGGAGCCGACGGGGGGGAGGGUGGCUCCGCGGUGGCACGGAGGAAAGAGGGUGGGACGGGUAGUGGUGGUGGGCGACGAGACGCGAUGCUGAGGAGGAUUGGGGACGCGCACGCGGCGGCGGCGGCGGCGGUGCUGCGGGGGAUGGGGGCCGCGGAGGGCGCGGCCAUCGUCGCUUUCGAAGAAGAGAUUCGCGAAUGGUUGAAACGGGUAGGGCUAGACGGGGCAAUCACAAACCUCCCCAAGAUGUCAAGCCUGAUCCUCCGCUGGAGCCUGGACAACUCGCCGCCAUCUCAGCGGGUACCCGCCGCACCGCCGCGGCCGCCGCCGUCCUCGCCCACCUCGCAAGGAUGCGCUGAGGCGGACGCCGGGAGCGGUAGGGCGCGGCAGCGGGAGCUCCGUAGCUCUCUGCAGGCGUUCCUAGAGGUGCGGCAGGUGUUGCGUCUUCUCUCGGGGAGAGGGGAAGCGGACCCUUCCGUGCUGUCCAUUGCCGGCCUCGGUCCGCAGGCCGCAGAGCAUCCUUGGGAAGACGGCUCCCUAGACCUCGGGGGACGAGAAUGCCUGGCCUGCUCAUUCUCCGAGCCUUUGGAGGGCGGCAGUUCUGGCGGGGGCGGAAGCGGGGGCCGAAAACGCCGGUCGGGAGUGGCGGCGGCGAUAGCGGCGGCUUCUGCUGCGGCGUCGGGCCGGCGCGGGAGGUCGGAGAUGUACCUGGUCCUCGACGACAAGGCAUUUCUUCUGGCUACCCCGGAUAGGAAUCGACUCAUGAACGGGGAGAUAAAGUCGUCGGCACCGCUGCUGCACCUGGCCGCGGCAGUGGACCCCGCCGACGACAAGCGCCUCCUCAUCAGGGCGCUCUCCCACAGCCCUGUAGCGCUCAUGCGGCCGGUUGCGGCACCGAGAGCCUCGACCCCAAGGUCCAGCACCGGCGGCAGCGGCGGCCGCGGCACAGGAAGCAGUAGUAGCAAUGUGGCGACGACGGAAGGGGCCGUCAGCGGCGCUUCGGUGGAAAGUAGCGGAGGAGGGGACGCCGGAUCGAUGUGCGACAUGCAGGCCUGGGCGUGCGAGCUGGCGUUCGAGAACGAGAGGAGCUGCCGCUUGGCGAGGAAGCACAUGGAGGACAGGCGCUUGUGGUUGAGAUCGGAAAAGACGAAGUGCAUCACGGACCUGCUGGAGGCAUGCGUGCAAGGUCGAGGCUACUGAAGCCGCGGCCGUGCUCCCUUGUCGAUGCCGCCGACUCUGUUGUACACGAGUCGACAGAGACGUUGGCCCUUCCUUGGUGUAUAAUCGUGCGAUACGGAGUAGGUACGGGCUGGCGAACACGACUGACUACACUGCACGUGUGCCGGCUUUUGACGUACCUUUUUUUUUUGUCGUGUAGCAUGCGCGCAUCAUGUACAGCAAGUUUCGGUUCUGCGCCGCGGCCUUCGCGUUGCGGCGGCACGCACACGACACCUGCUACCCGAAUCAAAUCCAUAUUGCUGGGUUUUUUCGGGUCGUGUGGUUACCAUGUGAAUAGUUUGUGGCGCCUCCCGUGCUGUGGAGGCAUGGACGCUGUUAUUUUUGGGCGAACCCAGUCCACCUCCGUAGUGCCAUCACUCGUUUGUAAAAGGAGGUAACGGUCAACAGCGUUAGGGCGUCCAAGACUGGAGUGUGUGUGAGAAAUAAUAUUCUUAUGUUUUCGUAUCGGGUGACAUUUAACAUGAGUUGUGUCGGCACGUCGGCGCCCACAGAUACAACUACGGUUCAAUGCGGCCGUACUUUCGUGGCAUUCAUGGGUUACCUACCUAUCGAAUGAACUCAACGCUAAUAAAAAGUACGCGGCGCUUCGUGUUUUGUUGCAAGCUAUUGGCGAAAUGGACGCCAAUUCUGGCGUUGAUGGAAAACAAAGAUGUUGGUAACGCGCAAAAUCCCACGAAAGAAAUGAC